AUGACAUCACUCCCCGCUAUCAGCAGUCUACCACACUCUCCAGACUCUGAACUCACACACGCCCUGGACCUUCUCUUCGAGCCAUCACCGCAAUUAAAUGCCCUCACUCUCCCCGUGCUACGUUCAACCACGUUUCCCGACUAUGAAACACUCAUAGUCGCCAUCAAUGCUCUGUUGAGUUCCUUGGCCAUGUCUGAAGAUCCAGAUGAUGUGGAGAAGCUCUCAGAGAUUUUAUGCUCUCAUCCAAGACUAGGAGAGAAGAAGGUGGAGAGCGAGCAGAGUCGGAAAGAGCAGGCGCAGCUGCAAUCUGGUGGCGAGGAGGAGAAGGAGAAGUUGGCGAAGCUGAACAAGGAGUACGAGGAGGCGUUUCCCGGCUUGAGAUAUGUUGUCUUUGUAAACGGUCGUCCGCGACCCGCCAUCAUGGAGAACCUACGCGCUCGUAUUGACCGCGGCGACAUCAAAGCCGAGCGUCAAGAGGCCAUCCAGGCCAUGUGCGACAUCGCAGUAGACAGAGCAUCCAAGCUCCAAUCAAGAUGA